AUGCCGUUAAUGAUCAAGCCUAAGGCGAAGCUUGAAGGAAUAUCUGUUGAUACUGGCCUCCUAGGCAGGGGUGACGAACGAAAUAUGGAGAAACAUAGAACAGGUGGCCAGAGAAUCUUGGAUAAUGUUGGGAUUUGGCCCGCUUUACAAUCUCAUCUCGCUCCUGGACACCCUAAGCCUGUUCAGCCAAGGGUUUCGGAUAGAUCUGCGAUUUCCCAUGACCUUUCCGUUGGUUUGAUGUCCUCGGUUUGGUUAUUCGGCCCUUAUCAGUCAGCUGACGAUGUUAUCAAACGGUCUGAGGGUCUGCUUCAGGGGGAACUUGUAUAA